AUGGCCAAAAAGCGCAAGCCCAAGAAGAAACCCCACAAUCACAAUGUAAAUCAAAACCAAAACCAAAAUCAAAACCAAAACGUCGCCGCUUUGAUUUCGCGAGUAACACAUGCAGUACAGUCCUUCCUCUCCCAAAACGACCUCGUUCUCCUACCUUCCCAAUCCCUCCGUCUCGAAUCCCUAAUCUCAUCCAUCAUCUCCCACUCUCCCUCGCCGCCUCUCUCUCCGCCGCACAGCGACUCCUGGUUCCGCCGCUUCCGCUCCGUCUCCGAUUCCCUAUGGCUCCACGCCUUCCGCAUGUCCAAACCCUCCUUCUCCCAUCUCCUCCACCUCCUCUCCCCCUCCCUCGCCCCCUCCUUCCCCCACAUGGCCCCCGACUGCGUCCUCGCCGCCGCCCUCUUCCGCCUCGCCCACGCCGCCCCCUACCCCGCCGUCUCCCGCCGCUUCGCCAUCUCCCCGCCGGACGCCUGCCGCGCCUUCUUCGCCGUCUGCAAGGCCCUCGCCGACAACCUCGGCCACCUCUUCGAGCUCCGCACCGACUCUGAGAGGGUUGUGGUGGGGUUCGGCUUCAGCUCCCUCCCCAACUGUUUCGGGGUUUUAGGGUUCACUAGGUUCAAAAUCGACGAUUCAUUAUUGGGUGAAAAUGGAGCUUUAAUAGUUCAAGCAUUGGUGGAUUCCGAAGGAAGGUUCCUGGAUGUCUCAGCAGGGUGGCCAAGUACAAUGAAACCCGAAAUUUUUUUACGUGAGAGUAAGCUUUAUCGUGAGGUGGAGCAAUCCAAGGAAUUGUUGAAUGGGCCUAGUUAUAAUCUCAGCGAAGGUUGUUUGAUUCCUCAGUAUAUUCUGGGCGAUUCUUGUUUUCCCCUUUUGCCUUGGCUUUUGACGCCUUAUAACAGAGUGAAUGAGGAAGAUAGUUUUGGUUCCGCUGAGAGAGCGUUCAAUUGCGUCCAUGGGAAUGCGAUGGAGUUGGUUGGGGAUGCGUUCGGGAGGCUUCGUGCCAGGUGGCGGCUUCUUGCGGCUUCGAGGAAGUGGAAGCAAGAGUGUGUUGAGCAUUUGCCGUUUGUGGUUGUUGCUUGUUGCUUGUUGCAUAAUUUUGUUGUCAAGUUCAAUGAGGCAAUGCCGGAUGAAGGGGUGAGUAAGUGGUGCGUGGAAAAGGAGAAGGAAAAGGAAGAGGAGCUUCCUGCUUUUGAUGGAGUGGGGGAUGAGAGUGCUGUGAGGGUGAGAGAUGCACUUGCUUUGCAUUUGAGUAGGUUGAGCUUGAGAAAAUGA